CCAGUCUUACCCUCAUCUCUUACUCAGAAUCAUGUCCGCAUCCGCACAGCAAGAAGCCGAGUAUCGCGAGGCGUUUGCUCUAUUCGAUAAGCGUGGGACGGGGUCGAUACCUCGUGAGCAGCUGGGAGAGCUCCUCAGGGCGCUGGGACAGAACCCGACACAGGCGGAGGUAGCAAGGCUCCAGGAGGGUGCGCCUAGGGAAGUGGAUUACAAGACUUUCCUCCAGAUCCUUACCCGUCCCGACGGCUGGAAACCCGCAGGUACAGCCGACGAGUUCAUCCGCGGAUUCCAAGUCUUCGACAAGGAGGGAAACGGGUUUAUCGGCGCUGGGGAACUGCGUUAUGUGCUUACUCAGCUGGGGGAGAAGAUGAGUGACGAGGAGGUUGACGAGCUUAUGAAGGGUGUUCCUGUGGGACCGGAUGGAAAUAUCAACUAUGAGAGCUUUACGAAGAUGAUCCUGAGCCAGUAGAACCGUUUUGAGUGUGCAAGCGAGAGGGUAGGAAGAUCUGUAGGAUGGACAAGACAACGCAUGUUUUUAUGACUCCUCGA